UAUCCAAAUCCGGUCACUAUAGCAACAAGUUGUUUUUGUGUUUUGUCUGGCUAAAUUGCUAUUACAAGAAACUCUCUAUUACAGACUGUAAGCAGUUAAUAUACUGUUUAAAUGGCUUCAAAACCGGUUUAUAACAGAGUUAAAUGCUCCCCGAAAAGUAUACUUCAUUUCUGUGCUAUAUUGUUCUCAUGUGUUUCCGCAAAAAGAAAAACUAUAAUUUUUAACAAUUUUUUUGUUGAUUUUUAACGGUUCAUAUUGGAAUUUCUUAUUAAAAACAAAUUAAAUAUACAAAAUGUUAACGGAUUUAGAUGAUGAUUUCUUCUUCGAAGAAGAUAAAAUUUCAAAAUCAGCAAUGGAAGACAAUACUACUACACCUUUACUACCCAUAGAGGCCUUAUCCUUUGACAUAACACCGAUAUGUACGGAUCCAUUUGAACCUAAAAUGGGUGAAUUACUGAACAUGUCAUCAACAGCACCACCAAUUGCGGAACUAGCUUCUGUCAAUGAUUCCACUAAUACUGGCACUACAGAAGAAUCGUCAUUAACGUUAGAUACUGAUGAUUCACCUGCUACCGUUUGUCAACUUGUCGAUGAUAAUUUACUUUCAAAUGAUGUGACUGCGACCGUCGUUUAUACUGCGUCUGCUUUUGAGGCCGAUAGGUUUAGUGAACUUGCUAAACAAAAGUUUGAAUUAGAAAGAUUGGGCAUGACCGUUAGCACCAAAUCAGUGGUUGUAGUCAAAGAUGAUACCAAUCUAAUUGGUAUAAGCAUAGGUGGAGGAGCUCCUUUAUGUCCUUGUUUAUACAUAGUACAGGUAUUUGAUGGUACACCAGCAGCUCGAGAAGGUUCUUUAGAAAGCGGCGAUGAGCUAUUGGCCAUAAAUAAUACAAGUGUAAAAGGUAAAACAAAAGUACAAGUGGCCAAGAUGAUACAGACAGCAACACAACAAGUAAUCAUACACUACAAUAAAUUACAUGCCGAUCCGGAAAGAGGAAAAUCUUUGGAUAUUAUAUUAAAGAAACUUAAACAUCGUAUAGUGGACAAUAUGUCCAGUAAUACGGCCGAUACAUUGGGUUUGUCUAGGGCAAUUUUAUGCAAUGACUCUUUAGUGAAACGCUUAGAAGAAUUGGAGGGCACAGAAAUGAUGUACAAAGGUAUGGUGGAUCAUGCUCGACGUAUGCUCAAAGCCUAUUAUGAUCUCUUGCAAACUUAUCGGGCGUUUGGAGAUUGUUUUAUGCGCAUCAGUACUAGAGAACCGCAGCUAAGAGCUUCCGAAGCUUUUCGUAUGUUCGGUGAAUUACAUCGUAAUUUGGAGAAAGAUGGUUUGGAUGUGAUUAAGAAUAUUAAACCCAUACUCGAUGAUUUGGGCACAUAUCUUCAUAAGGCCAUACCCGAUACGAAACUAACUGUAAGACGUUAUAUGGAUGCCAAAUUUACCUAUUUAUCCUAUUGUUUAAAAGUCAAAGAAAUGGAUGAUGAGGAGCAUAGUUUUGCCGCCAUACAGGAACCGUUAUACCGCGUUGAAACCGGUAACUAUGAAUAUCGUUUAAUAUUAAGAUGUCGUCAAGAUGCCAGGGGUAAAUUUGCCAAACUAAGAACAGAUGUUUUGGAAAAAAUGGAACUGUUGGAAUGUAAACAUGCCAAUGAUUUGUCAAAGCAGUUAAGAAAUCUACUCGACAGUUUGGCUAAACUGAAUAAGACCAUUACCGAUAGAAUGGAUACUAUACCGAAUCUAUUUCCCAUAGAGGUAGAUUUUAAAGAUACCGACUUUCAGUAUAAAUCCAGUGUUUUAGAGCCACAAAAAUUGGAUGAUAACGAAGAAGAAGAACAAAAUCAAAUUUCCAAAACAAAAGCUAAAAAUUCAACGACAGCUGAUGAUAGUGCUGAUGUUAUCUGCGGUCUCGAAGCCGUCGAACAGCCAGCUCCUAUACUUAAUGUUCCAGCAAAAGUACAAGAUAUUGUAAGCCUAACAGACAAUCCAGCAGAUAAUCUAAUGAUGGAAACAGCCAAUGAAAAUGAUCAAUUGCUUAAGGAUCUUGGUUUAUUGGACAUAGACUUAAGUUCGAAAUCAAUUUCCUCAACACCAACCCUAAAUAAAAUCACCUCACCAAAUGGUUUUUACGAUUUUGAUUUAUUUCUUAACCAAAAUUCUGGUAUGACAACAGCCUCCUGCGUCAACGCCGCCGACACAACGACACAAUUUGAAACAAAACAAACAUCUAGCUCAGCCGCCACCACAUCUCAAUUGGGUAACGAUUUAAUGGCUGCUAAUGCUCUAGAAACUGAUUUGCUAUUGCAGUAAAGUUUUAUAGUGUUUUUGGAUUAACAUGUAAUUAAUUCGUCCCAAUUGAUACAAAAAAAAAAAAAAAUUAGCUAGUUUAAUUAUUUAUACUAAAAUAUAAUUGUAUAAUUUAUAUAAUAACAAUAUAUUACGAGUACAAUUCUAUUAUUAA